UGAACGCUUCUUUACAAACAAAGCGUCUAAUUUCUUUGUCGUGUUAUUGUGUUUGAUUAUAUUUGUUAUUUUAAAUGGUUUAAAGACCGCAGGGACUGGGUUCUCUUUGCUGUGUAACAAUGUCACAGUUUUUCUCGAACCAGCUGCUCUUGAUGUUAUUUGCCUGCUAUUUCAUCAAGAAAUCGUAUUCGAUAGCUUCUAAGAGCAGGACAUAUUUUGCCAAAAUUAAUGAACAAGUAGAAAUCGUAUAUGAAUUUUACGAUGGUGAAAAACUACGUGAGUGGGUUGUUAGUGGGCUCUCAUUGGGUAAUUGUUCUUUCACCAGACCACUUGAGGACGAUUCAUUCAAGAUCAAUAGUAUUUCUUGUAGUACAGCCACUUCAACUCUGAAAUUGACGCUCCUUGCAAACAAGAGACUGACUUUUAUUUGUUUCACUAAUUCAUGUAGUCCGACACCAUUUGUAGUAGAACCAAUGCAUAAUGGAGGUGAGACUAAUCUUGAAUCGCUGAGUGGAUCAUCACAAGCUUUCACGGAGAGAAAUUUCACACUGGUUUGCGAUAUUGGUGACAGUCCUGAAGUUAGAUGGUAUCUCCGAAAAAGUGGAAUGCUUUUAGCAACGUUUAUUAAUUGCGAGAGAAUGCCUGGAACUAUUUCAAGAUUUUACAGCCCUACACGCUUCGCCUGCAAUCUAAUCUCGAAGAAAUCUACUAUCGAGUUUGGGCCCGUAAAUCUGAAGGAUGGUAACUUUACUAUUGUAUGCACAACUAAUAACCAUGGAAGCGAAUUCAAAGUUACAACAAUCGACAGUAGAAAUUUGACUGUUUAUGAUGCUGGCACUAUAACAGUUACAGGUGAUCGCGUCGCAACACUUUUAUGCCCUUUAGAAGAGGGAGACGCACUGUCAAUGUGGAAAGGAAAUGAUUCCAUUAUAGGUAACUGCUCUGGAGGAUUCCAACCCGUUCACUCACAAUACGAAACAAUGGAUAUAACAUGUGCUCCUGGUGGUUCAAUUCUGAAAUUGUUUCUUCCCUCUAAUACAACGGAACUGGAUGUCCAGUGUGAAAGUUACAGUAAGAAAAGAAGAGUAUAUAAAUUAAUACACAAAGAAGGCUUUAAAGUGGAGAAUAUAGUUAUAAUUAUUCUGGCUAUUAUCCUGUUGCUUAUCUUCAUCGCUAAUUUCGUGUGUUUCAUGACUAAACCCGGACGGGAGUUCUGUAUUCAGCAGGCGCUGUUAAGUACGACCAAUGAUCCAGAUUUUGAGAGCGUUACAGAGGACUCAGAUAAGUCAGAUACCAGUAAAAAUAUGUGAAGGGAUCCCGCCUUUAGGCAUUACACUAAACUGGUUCUUUCUCCUGAGAACUUCGACUCCUUGGAAUUCCCUCCAUGCACACGUUUUGCUGCUGUCGACUGACAACUAUUGAAGAGGAAAGUUUCCCCACGUCAUUAUCUCCGGUCUUCGAUGUCCUACGUAACAAUACAAUCAUCCAAUAACAAAAAAGUCAUAAAAAGAAAACGAAAUUUCAACUUCAAAUUAUAUAAACAUGUAUAUGUUUUGCUUAA